AUGGGCCAGGUGGCAUCUGCCCAGCACCGCGUGGCCGCUGCCCCCACUUGGCCGCGAGAACAGGGAGCACAGGGGGCCCACGGCGCCUGGAAGCCUCCGGGGAGCCUCGCCUCCUGCGGCUUCCCCCAGGGCAGCGACGUAGGUGAGGAUAGAAUAUGGUGUCACGUUUGUGAGAGAGAAAACACUUUCGAAUGUGAGAACCCAAGGAUGUGCAAAGUGGAAGAGACAUACUGCGUGCUAGCGGCCGUGACGACCCCUAGACCCACAUUCCCAGUGCACGUGGACAGGCCACACCAUGCAGAAGCCAGCCCCUCCCCAAAGCGGCAUUCAACACCCAGGCCUGGCCCUCAUGCUCCUGACCCCUCCUUGACACCCCUGCACCUCUAA